GUCUGCUGAUUGGCAGGUGGUUCCACCUCCAGCCUGAAUGCUAAAGCUUUUGGGGCAUCACAUUAUCAUUAGACAGAAAGCACCUACGCAGAGAAUAAAAGGGCUUCAUGGACGAGUCGUGUUACAGCGCUUUGAGCGGCAGCGGGCUACAAUAGAAAUGCGCUACAUUAUAGCCGCUCCAUUCACCAUAUUCACCUUUCUGUGAGCUGGCCCAGUUGGCUUACAGAGGGUCACUUUAAAUGGUCUCUGUGCUGGGACAGCUGAACGCCAAUGAAACACGUAUUGGUUCAAAUAAUUGGGACAGUUUGGAUGUUCGUCUGUCCCACUGUCUGUGAACGUCGCACAGACUGACCGGCUGACUGAAGCGUGUCUGCAUCAGUAACCGGACUAGGCCGACAUGAACACGGAGGAGACCAACGUAGAGAUGAAGGAUGCUGAGCACAAGGACGAGGCGGGUCCCGCUCAGGUGGAUGCUGAUGCCACGGAGGCCGAUGUGAGCGAGGCAGAUCUGGACCAGGAGGAGCAGGAGAAGCAGCCGAUGACGGGAGGAGACCAGGCCGCCGACACACCCUCUGCCAGCGGGCAGGAGGCACCGACGACGGCGGAGAAGAAUGGCUUAGUAAAGCUGAAGAUCCCCGACGAGGAGGAGGAGGUGAAAUUCACUGGGCUGAACAAGGAGGAGCUGAUGAGGGUGGCGGGCACCCCGGGCUGGGUGAGGACCCGCUGGGCGCUGCUGGUGGUGUUCUGGCUCGGCUGGUUGGGGAUGCUGGUGGGGGCCGUCCUCAUCAUCCUGCAGGCCCCUCGCUGCAAAGAUCUGCCCAACACCAACUGGUGGAACGAUGGGCCUCUGUACCAGAUUGGAAACAUCCAGGCUUUCACCGACACCCACAACCUGAAAGGCCUGGAACAAAAGGUCAACAGUUUGGCUCAGCUGAAAGUCAAAGGGCUGGUGGUCGGGCCGAUCCACGUGGCGCCUCCGGAUGAAGCUGUGAACCUGAGCUUUGAGGAGAUUUCCCCCGAGGCUGGAAACCUGGACCAGUUUAAGGGUUUCGUCCAGGCUGCUCAUAAAAAGGGUGUUUUUGUGGUUCUGGAUUUGACUCCAAACUACCUGGGCUCGUCCGGGCCCUGGUUCUCCAACAGCAGCGUGACGAUUGUAGCAGAGAGACUGAAGUCUGCUCUGGUGUUCUGGCUGGACGAAGGCGUGGAUGGCAUCCAGCUGUCAGGGGUGGAGCGCGUGGCCACAGUGGUGCCGUCUCUUUGGAACGACAUCCGAGCCAUCGUGCAGAACAGGACGGACAAGCAUCCCAGCAGCAGAGUCUUGAUUGGCGUCACAGACCGCUCCUCUGCUGAAGAUGUGUCCACCCUCCUCUCUUCCACGGGUGUUGACCUCCUGAUCUCCCGGGUCCUUCAUUCACGUGACACGGAUGUCACGGAGCUCGCUCGCUCUAUCCAGCACUUGUAUUCGUCCCAGAGUCAGAUGAAUCUCGCCUGGAAUCUGGGGGGGCGGCUCGAGGGUCACAUGGCUUCACUGGUGGGCCCAGCUCUAGUUAAACUGCAUCAGUUGCUGCUGCUGACAUUGCCUGGGACGCCCAUCUUCAGCUACGGAGAUGAGAUAGGUCUGAUGGACGAGGGCACCAAGUUUCCCAAGAUGCUUUGGGACUCCAAUGAGGAGCUGAAUGGGACUCUGCAG